UGUGGCGGGAAAAUAACUCUGCUGAGAUUGACGUCGAGACGCGAUAUCUGAAGCGUUUAAAUCCCUGGACAUCGAAAUACAACAAACGUCAUUGUCGGUGCAACGAAUAUCGUAAAAAUGCUCACGUUGCAGUUCGGACAGUGCGGAAAUCAAGUCGGUCACACGUUGUUCUCAACCGUAGCGCAAGACUUGUACUCUGCGAAUACCGGAGUGCCGAGUAAACGUAAUUCAGAUUACGUUCAGGCGGGCUUCGACACGUGGUUUAAAGAGCUGUCGAAAAAUGGUAAACACUUGGCUAGAGCGAUCCUUGUAGAUACGGAGCAAAAAGUAGUGAACACGGUAUGCAGCAGCAAUGAAUCAAACUCGAUGUGGAAUUAUAGCCCAGCAAACAUAGUAUGCUGUGCAGGAGGAGGUUCUGCUAACAAUUGGGGAUAUGGACAUUACAUAAAGGGUCCUCAGCUGAGUUUAGCAGCGCUCGAGGCAGUGAGACAUGAGGUAGAGAGGGCCGAUACGUUUCAAGGGUUUUUAGCAAUUCUCAGCUCAGCGGGAGGCACCGGAUCUGGAGUUGGUAGCUACUUGAUGGAAAAAAUUCGUGAUGAAUAUCCGACUAAAACGAUGGCCAGUAGCAUUGUAUUUCCGUAUGGGUCAGGAGAAGUCUGCACCCAGAAUUACAACACAUUGUUGACCUUGGCCAAAUUCAUCGACAUAACUGACGUCGCUAUACUUUUUGAAAAUGAUCAAAUACAUGGGAUUUGUGAAAAUUUAACUAAAGUCCCGAACACUAAUUUCAACGAUUUAAAUCAUGUCAUCGGGCAGAAACUUGCUGCCGUAUUACAGCCUGUCUUAGGCACGACAAAUAUUCUCUCAACGCUAGUUCAUCGGUUAACUCCCCACCCGCAAUAUAAAAUUGCAACGAUAAAAACGUCACUUCUUGCUCUGCCAUCUUGUCAGCUUUACGACGGCAACUACAAAUGGAAUUCUAUUGUUUGGCAUCUGAAACAGAUGUUAAGAGCUCCUGCUCUUAAUCUAAACCUCACCGACAUGGAGACAAAAAUGCCGUCGAACUCGAUACCCUCAAGGACAGAUUUUGCCUACUCCAAGUCCGUGUCAAACAUAUUGAUUACACGUGGCUCUUCGAUUGGUAAUGACACCAUAGUUCCAGUGGAGUUGAACGAUGAAAAAUUGUACGCUGACUGGGUACCGCAUGUAGAGAAAAUUGCCCACUUGCAUCAGCCAAGAAAGCUUCUUGGUAAAGAUAAGAUUGCAGCUCUUGUUGCCAACAAUUCUCAAUUGCAUCGACCGAUUGACGCUAUUGUUGACAAAGCCUGGAACACUUACAUACAUUCAGCUUUUUUGCAUCAGUAUAAGCAACAUGGAGUUGAAGAGGACGAUUUUUUGCAAGCUUUUGCAAAAAUUGAAAACAUAGUCAAAGUUUACAGAGAAUUAUGUAGCGAGGAAAUUAUUUCUUGAUUAACAAACACCUGCCAUUACUCAACAGACAUAGUAACACUAUUUAUUCUGCACUUAAAACGUCAAGAAUUCAGUAAAAUGCCACGAGUUCCUAGUUUUACCGAUUUUGUUAUUUUUGCUUUGAUUCUUAAUCUCGCGAGCGCAUUUUUUCUCAAAAGUUUUGUUGAUUCAAGUAAUCAAGGGUGUAUAAUCAUGACUCCAAGCUCAUCGACCAACCGCGGGCCAGUGCUUAUCUUUGCCUCAAAUGAAGCUAGGCGGAAAAUUUCACAUUUCCUAUCUUCAAUUGU